UGUGUUCCUGAUAGGCCUUGGUGUAACAAAGGUCAGUUAAGAUGCUGCUUUACGUAGCAUCUAUAUACUUAUUAGUUUGUAUCAACAUUGUUUUAGGAGGAAGACUUCAAGUGCAAGGAACCCACUUCGUAAAAGAUGGACAGCGAGUCUUCCUGUCUGGAGUAAACCAGGCAUGGAUAAAUUUCGGGUAUGACUUCGGAGAUAAUCACUAUGCGCAGCAGAGAUCUAAGUUUGAGAAUUACUUAAAAAUGGUGCACGAUAACGGUGGUAAUUCCAUGAGGGUCUGGGUACACAUUGAGGGCCAAACUACCCCGGUAUUCGACCACCAGGGAUAUGUUGUAGGCUUGGACAAAACUGGCACAUUUAUAUCCGAGUUUAAGGAAUAUCUUAAAGCAGCUCAUAAAUUCAACAUACUCAUCUUCGCUUGUUUAUGGAAUGGUGCCUUAUUUGAACAUGGUGAAGCCUUAGGUGGACUUAUUCGGGACACACGGAAACUCCAUAGUUACAUUGACAAGGCCUUAAUACCAUGGGUGAAGGCAGUUAAGGAUGAACCCGCUAUGGGAGGUUGGGAUAUCAUGAAUGAGUUUGAAGGUGAAAUUAUAGCUAACCAACAUAACUCAGAACGUUGUUUUGACACCGUAUUCAUGCACGGAUCGGGAUCUGGCUGGGCAGGGGCAAAAUAUUAUGUUCAGGAACUUCAGAGAUUUGUCAACUGGCAAACAGAUGCAAUCCGAAGAACUGAUCCAGACGCUCUAGUAACAGUAGGUUCGUGGACAGCGCGCACUAGCUCGGACAAGCUUGGACUACACAACCUCUGGAGUGAUGACUGUCUCCGUAAGGCUGGUGGUAAACCCUUGGGCGUUCUUACAUUUUUUACGACACACGCGUAUUCAUCGCACGACAAAUACGCUGAUUAUGCACCAUUCAACCACAAAGCCGCAGAAUACGGCUUGAAUAAGCCGUUUGUUAUUGGAGAAUUUAACCAAGUCAGUGGUGGGGGUAAGGACAUAACGGCGCUGUUUGAUUAUGCGUAUAAUAACGGCUACGCUGGGGCCUGGUCUUGGCAUUUACUGGGAACAGGUAGCAACUCCGAUAACGCGGCUACACAGUUACGAGGUCUCCGAUUUAUGAGGUACAAAAAUGACCAAAGUAGAGGCGGAUUGGUAUCCUUUAAAUUGUAAUUGACCAGAAUAAAUGAGGUAUUCCUAGAUUGGAAUUAUUUGUUAUCUGUUGGUGUAUAU